CUCAUUAUCUCUCACACAUUAUCCUGCUCAUGGCAAUGGCUUCUUUCUACAGAUUCUUCACCUUUGGUUUAGCUCUUUUGUUCUUUACCUUCUCCUCUUAUGCUAUUGAAGUCACCUUUGAUUCAAGAUCAUUCAUGUUUGAUGGCGAAAGAAAACUCAUUCUCUCUGGUUCCAUACAUUACCCCCGUAGCACUGCAGAUAUGUGGCCGGAUUUGAUAAAAAAGGCUAAGGAUGGUGGUCUAAAUGCCAUUGAGACCUAUGUUUUCUGGAAUGCUCAUGAACCUCAGCCUCGUCAGUAUGAUUUCACUGGAAAUAAAGACCUGGUAAGGUUUAUUAAAACCAUUCAGGAAGAACGAAUGUAUGUCAUUCUCCGUAUUGGCCCAUACAUAUGUGGGGAAUGGAAUUACGGGUAAUUAUUAUUAUUAUAAUACAGUAGUAAAGCAAUU